GUGCCCCACUGCCCAGAGGCAAAGAAAGAAGUGACAGCAGUUUGAUGAGAAGUAUCCAACUUGAUAGACCUCUGCGUGCUGCUCGGUCCUCCAGGAGUCAUGGAGGAAGUGACAGGCGCUCAGCUCAUCGCCGAGUCUCUGAAGACCCAGAAAGUGGAGUUCAUGUUUGGGAUAGUCGGCGUACCUGUCAUUGAAGUGGCCAUGGCUGCUCAGGCUGCUGGCAUCAAAUACGUGGGAAUGCGUAACGAGCAGGCGGCGUGCUACGCUGCGUCCGCGGUUGGAUACAUUACGGGGAGACCGGGAGCAUGCCUGGUGGUCUCUGGACCCGGACUCAUCCAUGCUCUGGGUGGGAUGGCCAACGCCAACAUCAACUGCUGGCCGGUGAUUGUGAUCGGAGGCUCCUCGGAUCGGAACCAGGAAACGGCGGGGGCCUUCCAGGAGUUCCCUCAGGUGGAGGCGUGCCGCCUGUACAGCAAGUUUUCUGCCAGGCCUAGCAGCCUGGAAGCAAUCCCCUCAGUCAUAGAGAAGGCAGUCCGCACCAGCAUAUAUGGGCGCCCCGGUGCUGUCUACGUUGACAUCGCAGGGGACAUGGUUAAUGCCAAAGUAGAGCGGGACAAAGUCAGUGACGUGUCCUGCUGUCCACCCCCGCCUGUGAGUUUGGCGGCCAGUGCUGCCGUUGAACAGGCCGUCGCUGUCCUAAAAGCAGCCAAGACACCUUUAGCCAUCAUUGGAAAGGGAGCAGCUUACGGCAGAGCGGAGGCAGCACUGCGGGAGUUCGUGGAGGAGACCGGGCUGCCGUUCCUCCCCACGCCUAUGGGGAAAGGAGUCCUGCCUGACGAUCACCCCAACUGUGUGGCCGCCGCCCGCUCCAGAGCCCUCCUUCAGGCCGACGUCGUUCUCCUGCUGGGAGCCAGGCUAAACUGGAUGCUGCACUUCGGUCUGCCGCCCAGAUUCAAUCCUCACGUCAAGAUCGUUCAGGUCGACCUGUGCGCUGAGGAGAUGGGAAACAACGUGAAAGCGGGUGUGGCCCUCCUGGGGGACGUCGGCGCCGUUGUCACUCAGCUUCUGGUGUCCGUCCGCAAACACGGCUGGAAAUAUCCCGCUGACACGGAGUGGUGGAGCGCGCUCAGCCAGAAGAUUGCUGCCAAUGCAAAAAUAUCAAAGGCCCUCGCUCUUAAGGAGACGUUGCCCAUGAACUACUACCCUGUGUUUCAUCACAUCUCGCAGCUGCUCCCGCGCGACUGCAUCAUCGUUAGCGAGGGCGCCAACACCAUGGACAUCGGACGCACCAUGCUGAAUAACUACCUGCCCCGGCACAGGUUGGACGCGGGCACCUUCGGAACGAUGGGAGUCGGCCUUGGCUUCGCUAUAGCAGCAGCUGCCGUGGAGAGGACCAAUAUCAGACCCCAGAGAGUCGUCUGCGUGGAAGGAGACAGCGCCUUCGGCUUCUCCGGCAUGGAGGUGGAGACCAUGUGCAGGUACAAUCUGCCUGUGAUCAUUAUCGUGGUCAAUAAUAACGGCAUUUACAGUGGGAUGGACCCCGACACGUGGAAAGAAAUGGCAAAAAUGGGCGACCUGACCUCUGUAGCCCCUCCCGUCUCCCUCCUGCCUGAGGCCCGCUACGACCAGGUAAUGACGGCGUUUGGAGGCCGGGGCUUUCUGGUCAGGACUGCGGAGGAGCUGCGCGGCGCCUUGCAGCUCAGCCUGGAGGACUGGGAGAGGCCGAGUCUGCUCAACGUGCUCAUCGACCCUUCGUCCGACAGAAAGCAGCAGGAGUUUCCUUGGCUCACGCGCUCCAACCUUUAAGACUUCAAACCAUCAUCCGGAACGUCAUCCGAGGAGCAGCGAGGGUUUUCUUCUGGAUGCUUUAAAACAUGAAGCCGGGUUAAUUUUAUGGCUUGUUUCUAUGAAAUAAUGACUUUUUAAUGAUUCUCACUACUCUGUUGGAGCCAGCAGCCUUUUACGGUUCAUACAAUGAAGCUUUUUCCUUCAUAAUUAAUCAGUAUUUUCUU